AGGAGAAACUUCUGACGUACCUUCAAGGGUCAUCUCUCCAACCACAUUUCAUCAAGCCAUCAUCGCGAGUUGAUUUGGGUUCAAACUUCGGCAACGUCAAAAACUCAACACCCCUUCAACGAACAACAAACUUCCCUUCAACAAGGGCUUCAAUAAAUCGUCCUUCAUUCAACAAGCCUGAAGCACAAUCAGCCCCAACAUUUGCAGCCGAACAUCAAAAUUGCCCCGAACAUCGAGAAAUCAACCAGAAUUUUUGGACGAAUCAAAGACAAAACCAACAAAGCUGGCAGGAUCCUGGAAUAAAAAAGUGGAAUUGGGAAACUGAGCAGCCAAACCAGAAGAAUCUAAAGAAUCAGAGAAAUCAAAUUAAUUUUGGGAUUCAACAACAAAAUCAAAAGAAUAAUUGGGAUUUACAGAGAGAAAAGCAACGAAAUUCUCAGAAUCAAGGACAGCGGAAGCUUGAAGAUUUUUUUAGUUUAAACCGAAACGAAAUUGAAAGCGAAAGCUUAGUGCCAAAAGAAAACCAAACAUCUAGUCCACGGAGCAUCAUAUCGGAUUACGGUUUAAACUCAAGAGAUAAUCCAUCGUCGACUUCUAGCUAUUACUCAACUGGAUAUCCAAGUGCCAUCAAUAAUUCUGGGUUUCCAAAUAUUAAAAGUCCACGAGAAAGUUUGAUAUCUUCGUUCACAAAUUCGUCGGAUCUCAAAAACUCAAGUUCGUCGUUCAAAGUAGGUAGAAAUCUUUCAAAUCUAUUUCCGGGUCGAAACGAUCUUGAUGGUAAACUUUCUCCCGUCGAAAAGUCGAAUUACAGUAAUUCUUCAGGAUCUAGUCCCAGAGGUCGUUACUCGAUCUCUCACGGUAACCUAUACGAAUACAACAAACCCAGAAACAAAUCAACAGCAGAAACCGUAUUUCCGGAACCUGUGGAUGCAAAAACCACAGCCGGUGUCGAUACCUCUUCGAUUUGGGCCCGCAAACCAAACGGGGAAACGAAAAUCCACGACAUACUUAAACUUUUUGGCGAAACAUCAGCUGGACGUUUAAGUAGAAGCUUACAAGACUUCCAAAAGAGAUCUUUCAACAGUAACAAGCCAAGCGAAUUUCAUACACAAAAUACUCAUUCCGGUUCACCCGAAGAGUCCAGUCAAAACUCAACUCUCAUAAAUCCCCGUGUGAGAAGCCGAAUCCAGAAAUUUGAAGCAUUUGAUAAUUUUAGAGGACCCAAGUUUGAAUUAGCUUCAACUAAAAUUGAUAAAUCACGUCACUUCCCAACGAAUCCAGUCCAAAAGUUCUUCGAAAGGAAGCUUUCGAUCACGAACAUUAACGAAUUCAAGCAAGAAGGACCUUUGUUUGAUUCGGUGACUGAAUCUAGGAGCCGUUCUACCCCUGUUAUCAAUAACCCGUUAGGACCAAAAACCCGCUCGAAGAUCAGGACACAAUACUUGUCCCAAUUUAACGACACCCAAAAUAUAUCAAGUUUCGACGAAAGUGUAGGAUCCCCGUCGGAUUUUCUAACACCGAGAUCGCAAGUUUCGUCAACUGUUUCCGAGAACCAGAGAGUACGUUCAUCGGAUCCGGCUAUUUUCAACACUAGUGAUAAUUUUCUGCAUCGAAGAUCCGUUCUAAAACAAAAUAUUUCAGAAGAACAUUCAUCCGAAAAGUCGAAGGUUGAGAAAUUUUCUUCAUCUGACAGCACCGAGUUCAUCAUUAGUGACAGGGAAAGUCUGACGGACACAGGGGAGAUCAACUUAAAAACAGUUAUCCGAAUUACCAAAAAGAGAAGCAAAUCAUCUCCUGAGGUACAGAACCACAACAGUCAAAGUCCGGAAUUGCUCAGAAAACUAAAACACCGCCAUUCUCUGAGAAAAAUUCAGUCUUCUGAACCUGAGCGACACCAGGACCCAUUUGUGGAUGGUAGAAUACGUGUGACAAUCGGGACCAGACCCCCUCCAGUUGCAGAUGCCCAAACAACUUCACCCUCUCGGAUGUACGUGAAGCAAAGCGAUGCAUUGAAUCGUGCUACGCGCGCUAGUGCAUUUAAUGUUAGGGAAACUAUUGAGAAAAGGGCCAUCGAACAGGAACGUCGAGAACGGAAAGCAAUACGGAAACAAAUUAAAGAGCAGCUACGAUCCGCUUCUGAGAAUAGGGAACGAUUAAGUUCAAUCGAAUCAGAAGAGUCAUCGGUGUAUGUGAGUUGCAGUUCCGUAAGAUCCAAGUCUUUGAGCUCUCUCGAUCAAGACUUAGAUGAGAACAGAUGCGAGAGUCCUCUGGUUAAAGUUCAGUCCAAUCCUACUCUUGAGAAGGAAAAACAGAAGAUAAGCGACUACUUGUUCUGUAGCAAUUUGACAGACAUAUCGCCAUGUCUAAGCUCCCGACUUGUUGCUAAUGCUAUGUCGCCAGCCUGCUUGAGCCCGGCACCAAGUGACUCGACAACCCGUUCUCGAAAAGAUAAAUUCCUUUGUCUUCGAAAUAAAUCAGAAGUGAACGAAUACGUUGGCCAAGAAUUGCCCAGAAAUCCAUCUGGACUGACAUCAGAGUAUCGAUUGAGGUCAUUCGAGGGAGGAUCAUCGGCUGACUCUGAAAGUAAGUCGGGGUACCGAGCCAGAUCAUUAGAAGGAGGAUCAUUGACUGACUCCGAAACAAAGUCAGAACUCCGAGCGAGGUCAUUGGAAGGAGGGUUUUUAACAGACUCAGAAAAAUGGCACCUGAAACAAAACGAUAAAUCGUCCCAUUUCCUUAAACUGAAACGUGACUGCAAACGUACCAUCCCAAAAAUCGCCGGAAUUGAAGAAGGAAGUGACCGAUCAUCCAUAAGUUUCUUCAAGGAUAGAAGAAGCCUGAGGACCAAUCAAUUGAUGAUCGACGACUACUCUGAUAAAGAAUCAUCAGUUGCGGUGUCUGAACCUGAGUGGAUUCAGAGAGCCAGGAAAAAGCUAGAAUCCCUAAACCUGCCUUUGUGUUCCACCACAGAAGUCGGUUCAGUUUCAUCCCACUUAACAGAAUCGUCUUCAGCUUGGAGCAGAGGAGGACUGGAUGCUCUAGAGGACUUGCGGCAAGAAACCUCUAGAAUUAGCGUGGCUCUGGCUGAGGAAGCCCAAGCUCGAGUUCAAGCUGACCUUCGAUCCAUAAGCCAACAGGCCAACAUGUUGGAACAAGGAAAAACGACAACAGGUAAACAGCAACUGGCAUUGCCCGCUCCCAAGCAGUUGGAGCAAACAAACAGGGUAUCCUUUGCAAACGAAAUCGAAUUCAGGAACGAUGGAUCUAAAGACAUGAUCACUGGGGAACAUAAAGAUGAGGAAAAAUCAAACAUGUGGUCACAUUCCCAGAUUCCGCAAGCUCAAAAAGAAGAAGUGAGGUUCGGUGAUCUCAAACGCGACUGGGGGGGCAUACAGAGUGUGAGCAAAACCACCUCAUCUGGCAAACCCAAAGAAAUGAGGUUUGGCGAAGUACAAGUAACGGAUGUUCCAAAUCGUAGAAAGUCAGAUCAAGGUAAUGCAAGUAAUAGGAUUUCAGAUGAGAGAGUAUACAAUCCAGUCCAGUUUCAAACAGGCACCGAAAGAGUGCGACACGAGGAAAGUAAGUCAUUCGGUCGCAAUGCAUCCAAUGAAAUGACUGCCAAAAAUCAUUAUUCCACCUCGGGUCUGCCCGUGACACACUUUGGAGACUCGCCAUAUGACAAAAUUUCUUCAAAGUGUAAAAAUGAGCCGAAAUCAAGCUCGAAAUUUGAGUCGAUUUCGGGUCCAGACCCGACAACGAUGUCGGCUGAGCAACUCAACCAAAAUGUCGAAGAGUACGACUUUCCCAUCCCAACAGGAACGGAAAACACUGAAGAACUCAUGCGGUUUCUAGAAGAAAGCAUCAAAAAAGCGGAAAUUGUGCCAGAGUUCAUCUCGUCCGAUAAUGUUUCGCCGAAAUUGAGACCAAAAAGUAUUUUGAAAAGACGGUCGAGCGAGAACCUGACAUCCGAAGCACUGAAGGAAGAAGAGAGGGCCAAAUGGCAAAGAAGGAAGAGUUCGCCUGCAGGAUGGAAUGUUUCAGAUGACGAAGAAAGUUACAGGUGCCCCAGUCCCACGCGUGUGAACUUUCAGGUGGGGACUAAGGAUACCGAUGAUGAUCUCAAAACCCCAAGAGAAGAAGACAAAUCGACGCGAUCCCCACGGGUGAAAGAGAAGAGGCAGACAUUCCUGAUGGGAGGAGAAGAUUUAGCAGAAUCUCUAGAAAAACAAGAACAUCUUCCGGUACUGACUGACGGAAAUCUUCAGUCCGCAGCAACAGAAUCGUUUCCUUCGACACCGCUGAACGGACACAAUCAGGUUUCCGACAGAGAAACACACGUAAAAAAGGCACCCAUACCUUUACCCAGGACGUCUUUACACAAAAGUCCAACGAAACUUGAUAAAGAAAAACAAGAUUUGGAUUUCUCGCAAACACAGACUCAAAUCAGGACUAAACCAGAAGCUAUGCCCAAACUCGAACCGAUAUUGUCGCCAAGAUUUGUUUCAAAGAUUUCAGCUGAAUUGGACAUCAAACCUGCGCCUCGAAAAGUGUUCACAUUCAAAGCGAAACCCAUUGAAGAUGAGAUCGACUCAGAUUCAUCCAAUGAUGAAAUGAGAAAUUCAAAAUACAAAAUUUCCCCUGUUGAACGCAGAGUUCUAAAACCAAAAUCCGUCUUUAGUUCCCAAUUUAAACCUGCCGAUGAGGAUAGAAAAGCCAGGAUAGAAAUUAUCAGAAGGCAGCUCACAGAAAAUCUCGUGGGAAAGAGCAGUGUUUCGUCCCAAAAUGAUGGGAAAAUUGAGUACCACAAGCAAGGAAUGGCUAAGGUGGAGCCAGUCCAUUAUUCGGGAGGUGACAACUUGAUGGAGAAGCUGGAGGGAGACGAGUCUGCAGAAAAAAUUGAACAAGAGAGCAAUGAUUUGGAUUUACACAGGGAGAAAAGUCUCAGUUUAGAAAAUCGCAAAACUUCUGAAGGACUUCAGGUGAAUGGUUUCACUUCAAAAGAGUUUCUCCAAACCAGGCGAAGUUUACGUGACUCAUACCGUCACGUUAAGGAAGAAGAGAAGUCUUAUAGUUCCGGAAAACAAGCGUUGAUCAAACUGUUUGAUUUACCAGACGGCAAUUCAACCAGCAGUUCAAAUAAACGAGGUGAAACAACAAGGAAAGAACGGACUGUAUAUUACAAAGAGGAACCGAAUCUCUCUCUCCGUGAGUGGGAACGGGUGCAAAGAAAAAACUUGGAAGAAGAGGAAAGAAAUCGUUUAAAUAAAAGCCUCUCAGCAAAACCAGUGGCGUCGAUGAUAAAAGACAUUGUGAAAUUCAACGCUGAAGGCUUGAAGUCAAUUUUCAUGAGCAGGAAGACCGACAUAAUGGGCACCGUAGAUGCAGCAGACGAUAUCGUGUUCACAAAGAUCCCUUUUGGCAGCAAAAUUGACUUCGAUUCAGAUGCAAUGAAGUCUCCGAACAUGGUGAAGAACAUGCAACCAAAGGAAGGUGAAAUCCCAAUUGCCAAGGAUUCCAUUAGCUCAAAUGUUCAUUUGUCUAAAAAUAUUUUAACUGUGAACGAAAGUGAAAGAAUCAGUCCACAGAAUCCCGUGAUCGUCAAAACUUCUACCGAUCGCUUCGAACACGAACUCCUGUUCAAAGAACACGGGUUCAUCAAACCAAACACCGGGAGGCAUAUAAGUGUCGAAAGGUCCAAGGAUAUCGCUCGGUUGAAGGUAUCUCCGCGACAAAGGAACCGAAGUCCUCGCUGGAUCACUCCGAACGAUUCGACCGACAUUACGGACCAAAAAUUUCAGGUGACUAGUAGUCCUUUGAAAAAGAGUCCCACUAUCGCAGUAUCGGGAGUCGAUUCUUAUGCUGACUAUUAUCGGUCCCAAAAGUACUCUGGUAUUCGACGGUCGCUAAGAGAAACCACUCCGGAAAAGCCAGACUCGAGUAUCAUGAAUUCCAGUUCGGCCACAAGUUUAGUAGAAUUAGAGCGUAAACAAAGAUUCGAAGCAGCUUCAGCAGUCUUCAAAAAAGACAAAUUUCAUAAGAGCUCUGGGUGGAAUGAAGAGAAAAUCCCUUUGUACACAAGUUCGUGGAAAUUCCUGUCCCCGGCUAAGUUUGGAAAUGAAAUUGAGGGUGAUUACUACAAAGAACUACCUAGUUAUGCGGAUCGGCGAACACCCCCUGUUCGAUUAACUCAGAUCAUUGGUGAAACUCCAUCCCAGUCGACUUCGUGCCACACCACACCACUUGUAUCUCCACGAUCUUGUCCAAACCAACUGGUUCAUGCCGACAAAAAUAUCGAGAAAAAGAAUCAGGUGGGAGAAGUAAUACCUGCACCACCCCCUCGCAAAUCUAGGCUAGGAUUUAAGGAUGACAAUUGGAUUUCUUCUUCACAUAUCAAGAAUUCAUCCAAUGAUGAAACAGUUAAAGAACCCAGGUCGAUCACAUCGAGCCAAGAUGAUUUACCACCUGUAGCACCGAAGAGAAAAUCCUUUCAUUUUGGAAUGGAGAAAGAAGUGGAUGUUGAAGGCAAUAACGAUGCUGCUGAGGUAACACAAAACUCGGGAAAAGAGACGAAGCCAGCAAGAAGAGGUCACAACCUUCUACGUCACCGAAGUUAUUCCCAUGCAAGAGAAUCAACUCAACUCGGUCGCAAUUUAUCGGGCGAUUUAGAAGCGGGGAAUGCGUAUAGCGUUGUGGGGAAAUCCUCCACCAAAAGAGAGCCUGAUUACACCCACAUCGUACCUCUGGCUUCAUCCGGAAUAAUGAUACCAAAACCAGACAGAUCGCGACCAGCACAUCGAUCAAGGGACAUCAAAGUGGGAGAAUACCGACACAUUUCUGCCGACAGGCUCACCGGUAAAACGCUUAAUCGAUCACGAGAUGCAGAUGGAUAUGGUAGAACUAAAGAAACGGAACGUCGAGUUAAAGUUACCACGUAUAAGUGGGGUGAGAAACUGGUCAAAGAGAGCACGGAGAAGUUUAGAUCUCCUACUUCGAGAGACCUUUUAGAUCUCCAGGACAAGUAUCCUUCCCAGGCAUCUCGGGAUAGGGAAGCCACUUCCUACCUCUUUGGUAGGACCAGAAUUGACAACUUAGACGGACACCGCAGGUCCAUGCGUCGCCGUGACUAUGACACAAGGAGAGCUGAGUUGCAGAAACGAUCGAGAUCUGAAGGCCGCGCAAAGUGGACAGAAAAAAGAUCGGGAGAAAUCGAUGGCAGAUUACGACACAAGAGGAGAGAAGCUGACAAAGAUCCUCAAGAACUGGAAGAAAGAUCACGACACGAUAGGAAAGGAGCCGUUAGGGAUCCUAAUGAACUGGAGGGAAGAUUACGACAUAAUAGGAAGGAUACAGAAACUAAAAACUGCAGAAAAGAAUACGAUACUCGAGGAUUAGACGAAACUGAUCGGGAACAGAGACAGGUUGACAAAUUGAAGAAAUGUGGCAAAAUUUCCGAUAACCCCGAAUACCUAAACCACCGGUUAACCGAUCAAUCUAAAAAUACGAAAUUUGACAAGAAAACCGAGACUAAAUCCCAAUCCAGAGAGAAAGUUGAAAGAGCAGAUGCAAAAGAGAGACAAGAAACUAACAGAAAAUCUCAGUUGGUCUCCAGCCGAGCAAAAUCAAAAGAAAAGAAUGACAUUGAGAAGAAAACAUCUGCUGCUAUUCACGAGACCGAAGUCUACUCAGGAAAGCAGCGGCGAAAACACGUGAAACCUGUGAGCGCUGAAGGGUUCGUUCAGCCCCGCGUUUGGGGUUCAAGUAAACCUAACCCCAGCAACUCAAACCCAACCCAUGCCCACCAACGACGGGUAAUUCAACCCACUAAAACAAUCGAUUCUUCUUUGAAAGAUGAAAAUAGAAAAGUUGCCCAAAAUCGACUAUCUAAGAAGGUUCAACCCACUCGUCCAGUCCGGAACUCGUCCCCCACUCGUCCAGUCCGGAACUCGUCGCCCACUCGUCAAUUCCGGAACUCGUCCCCCACUCGUCCAGUCCGGAACUCGUCACCCACUCGUCCAGUCCGGAACUCAUCCCCCACUCGCCCAGUCCGGAACUCGUCCCCCACUCACCCACCAUCCCCCAAAAUUCACCAUGUGGCCAAUAAAUUCAAAAUUGAAAACGAAUUUCAUUCGAAUUCUGCAGAAAUUCAACAAGACAUACCUAAUCAAUAUGACGGAAAUGAUUUGAAUUUCGGAGGAGAAGAUAAAGUUAAAAUUGGCGAAGAGUUUAACUCGAACAAAAAUGGUGGUGAAGUUAAUGCGAUUUCAACGAAUGGGGGAAGUUGCCAAGUGGCAAACUCGAACGUUGGUACCGACAAAUUUGGAUGUCAAACAGAUGAUGGAAACAUAAAAGUUCGGUCCAAACCUCUGAAAAAACGAGAAAUGGCCUUAAAAAGGGAAAUGGCGAAAUUUAAAGGAAAUCAAGAUGUCCAUUCGGAAAUCCGUUCCGAAAAUGGGGACUCCAAAAUGAAACCGAAAUGUCCAGAGGCCGAGUUCUCAUCAAACCCCGACGAAUAUCCCAAUUCGGGGACAUCCACGAACCAUGUGGACAUUGAAGGGACAGAUGGACAUUCCCCUGCGGAAACAAGCAAGGACUGGAAAUUGUUUCCAAAUGGAAACAUGAAGGUUAAGGAACCAGCGAUUCCAGUGGAAACCAAUAUCCAACCUGGCUCAGAUUACUCAGGUAAUCGGAAACCAGCGGAAACUAUCGUAGAAACUCCACAAAUAAUGACCGAAAAUUCAGUCGCUGCUGGGCCAGUGGAAACUUCUGCGGAAAUACCCACUGAGUCAUCCAUUGCAGCUUACCCAGUGGAAGAAGUGCUUCAUAUCCACGAAGUGGAUGAAACUAAUCAGUACAGUUCUAAUUACCCUGCAACUAAUCAGUCUACUUAA